CCUGCAAGAAGUUACCCAUUAAACAAAUACUUUGAUUCUGCCUUACAAGUCACAAAAAUUUUGAGAGCCAUUCAGCUCCACAGAUUUUCUUCUUCUUUCCUAUUUUUCUUGGCACAUUAACCCGGCAUUUCUCUUUAACAUUUCCUUUGUUCUGAUGCGCUUGUUUUCAUCUAGAUCUUAGGUUCCAGAUUUGUGUGUUUUGGUUGGAUUUUGAGGUGACAAAAAGAAUGGGGAAAGAAUCAAAGUCGGGAGGGUGUCUGGGGUGGUUUCUGGUGAUAGUAAUACUGGCUCUUGUUGUGGGAGCUGUUGUUUAUGGAAUCAAGAAGAAAAUGGAUCACACUAAUGAUAAUAAACCGGAGCCCGUCCCUGGUCCUCCAGGCGCUAUUGACAAGAAGUAUGGUGAUGCUCUCAAAAUCGCAAUGCAAUUCUUCGACGUUCAAAAAUCUGGUAAGUUAGUGGAUAAUAAGAUAUCAUGGAGAGGAGAUUCGGGGCUUAAGGAUGGAAGUGAAGCGAAGUUAGAUCUUUCCAAGGGCAUGUAUGAUGCUGGGGAUCACAUGAAAUUUGGGUUUCCUUUGGCAUUUACUGCUACUGUAUUAUCAUGGGCUAUCCUCGAGUAUGGAGAUCAGAUGGCGGCAGUGAAUCAACUGGAACCUGCUCACCACUCUCUCAAGUGGAUAACUGAUUUCCUUAUAAAUGCUCAUCCUGAAGACAACGUACUCUAUAUUCAGGUGGGUGACCCUGAGACAGAUCAUAAAUGUUGGGAAAGGCCUGAAAAAAUGAAAGAGAAGAGGCCUCUCACUCAGGUGAACACAUCUGUUCCGGGGACAGAGGUUGCGGCUGAGACUGCAGCAGCUAUGGCUUCGGCAUCUCUGGUGUUUAAGACGUCUGACUCAACGUACUCGAGAACGCUUCUUAAGCAUGCCAAGCAACUGUUUACUUUUGCAGACAAAUAUAGAGGCUCUUACAGUGAGAACAUCCCAGAAGUUGCAACGUAUUACAAUUCAACGGGAUACGGGGAUGAGCUCUUAUGGGCAGCAAGCUGGCUCUAUCAUGCCACAGGCGAUCGAUUUUACCUUGAAUAUGCGACUGGGGAAAACGGGAAAGAUUUUGCUUCAUGGGGAAGUCCAACGUGGUUUAGCUGGGAUAAUAAAAAUGCAGGGACCCAGGUUUUGCUUUCCAGGUUAAGCUUGUUUGGUGCCAAAGGUGUUUCUGGGAAUUCUGGCCUUGGAAACUAUAGGAAGUCUGCCGAGGGUGUUAUGUGUAGUAUUCUGCCAAAAUCUCCCUAUGCCACAUCCAGCAGAACAGACGGUGGUCUUAUAUGGGUCAGUGAAUGGAAUGCUCUGCAGCACCCUGUUGCUUCUGCCUUUUUAGCUGCUCUUUACAGCGAUUACAUGCUUACAUCACAGACUCCUAAGAUAACCUGUGGUGACCAUUCAUUCAAACCAUCAUAUCUUAGGAAGUUUGCCAAAUCACAAGCUGAUUAUGUCUUGGGCAAGAACCCUUUGAAAAUGAGCUAUCUUGUGGGGUAUGGUGAUAAAUACCCACAAUACGUGCAUCAUAGAGGAGCUUCCAUUCCAUCCGAUGCAACGACCGGUUGCACGGAUGGCUUCAAGUGGCUAGAUUCAACUGUUCCCAAUCCUAAUGUAGCCGUUGGAGGCCUCGUGGGUGGGCCCUUCCUUAAUGAAACAUUCAUCGAUUCCCGGAACAACUCGAUGCAAGCAGAGCCAACAACAUAUAACAGUGCUCUAAUUGUUGGUCUCCUCUCAAGUUUGGUCACUACCUCUUCUGCAGUCAAGUCCUUCACCUAAAAGUAAAACCAUAGUCUGUAAUCCAUUUCAUAUUUGUACUUUAAUGCAGCUGUAUCGAUACCAUGUAGUUUGUUCUACACGGGUGAACUCAGAUGCGGCUCACCUGCACUGAGUUUUGGUCGUAUCUUAGAGGGAUGCCCUCAUAUGUAUCUAUUUUUUUCGUCUUGUGGUGGUGGUUAUGUGAGCGUUCAAUUCCAUCCAUGUUUCAAUUA